UGUGACUCAGCGGUGAGACCAUGUGGGUGUGGCUGGUUGCAGAUACUCUGUGGAUGGUUUGGACCGAACACUCCCUGAAGGGAAAGGGCCAUCUGUGCCAUCUUAGAGGACAUUUUCCAAGAGGAAGUGAGUCACACCAGGACUGGCCGCCAGUCUGAAGGAGAGGUUUCUUGAUUGAACUGCGGGCUUCAACAGACCUCACCAAAAUGCCAUCUCAAAUGGAACAUGCCAUGGAAACCAUGAUGUUUACAUUCCACAAAUUUGCUGGGGAUAAAGGCUACUUAACAAAGGAAGACCUAAGAGUACUCAUGGAAAAGGAGUUCCCUGGGUUUUUGGAAAAUCAGAAAGACCCUCUGGCUGUGGACAAAAUAAUGAAGGACCUGGACCAAUGCCGAGAUGGCAAAGUGGGCUUCCAGAGCUUCUUUUCGCUCAUUGCUGGCCUCACCAUUGCAUGCAACGACUAUUUUGUAGUACACAUGAAACAGAAGGGAAAGAAGUAGACAGAACCGAGCAAUGCCUCCCACCCUGCUAAGAGUUAUCCCACAGGGUCACUGAAGGACUCUGCCCAACGCUUCCCCCUGUAUAAGGAUUCUGUGAGCAGAUCAGGACCCUUAGAAAAUGUACAAACAAAUCCAACUCCCGUGUGACAAGCAGAGAAGAAAAGUUAAUUGAAGGCCAGAUAAGCUUUUGAUUUUUGUAUUGUUUGCACCCUCUUGCCCUCAAUAAAUAAAGUACUUUUUUAGUUCUGAA